UGGCGCUGCGCGCACGAGAAAAACACGAGAGAUGGGUGUAGAAGACAAGUAGACUCACAGCGAGCACCAGCUCGAUGCAACGUGAAAGCAGCGAGGCCGUACCGACAAGCGCCUCUUGACGUGGUUCCGGCAGGCAACGUGACCAUCGCCGCCACCGACUCGUCGACUGUACCAGAUCCCAACAUGAGCUUCCUCGGUCUCCGCAAGUGGCCGACUCCUGUCGCCAAGCCUAUGUGGCCUUUCGUUGCCGCUAGCGCGGUCACUUUCUUCCUCGUCUCGAAGGCGCAGGACAUGGGUGUCAAGUCCGAGACCUGGCGCAACGACCCGCGCAACCCGUAUGCUGCGCAAAUUGCAAAGGAGGCUCAUCAUUAGGAGUAUCCGCAGGAGCUGUUGGAGAGCGAUUUCGAUAUUGCAUGGUGCAUCGCCCUCCGACUCAGGAACUACUAUGUAUUCUUGCCGUAUUGCCUCGCAUAUCCCAUGUGGCUUGUAUAUCAGGCGGCGAUGUCUCCUCAUUUUCUCAGUGAUUGGCGGACUACGUCCGAGUUCGGUGCUGUGCAGGCUCGGGGGGCGCGAGGUAGUGACCCAUUCGGAUGCUGCGCAAGUCACGGCAAGUAAGCAGCGGACUGCGUACGAGCUCGGUGACUCUGGCUUAGGCCGAGCCACGUAGUGGCUUCAGAUGC